ACAAGAGACCGCUCGCCGCCACGACGAGGCAGCAAGGAAAAAGACGUUAGAUCAUCAAGAGAAGGGUCUGCAUCGCAGAUGACUCGCAAAGCCAAAGGACCGCUUCCCUCCCAGGCGGCGUCUUUCCAGGCCAACAAAGACCCAUCGAUGGCCGUUGUGGCGGCCGAGGAACCGCCAGAGAAGCAGAAGCCCAGUCUUGCACCAACUGGUCUUCUAGCUGCCGCAUCAAACUCGGUCGCCCAAUCUGAUGGCACGUCGAUUGCUCUCAAGUACCACGAACCAGCCGAAGCUCGCAAGCCUCCUGGAAAAGACGACUGGAAGUUGUUUGUGUUCAAAGGCGCAGAUAUCCUGGAAACAAUAGAGCUGAGCAAGAGAAGUUGUUGGCUUAUUGGGCGAGAGCUAGCGGUUGUAGAUAUGGCAGCAGAACAUCCGAGCAUCAGCAAGCAACAUGCCGUCAUCCAGUUUCGUUACAUUGAGAAGAAGAACGAAUUUGGGGAUAAGCUGGGCAAGGUGAAACCAUAUCUCAUCGAUCUCGAAUCUGCCAAUGGCACGUUACUCAACAAGGAGGAGCUCCCGCCGAGUCGAUAUUUGGAGUUACGGGACAAAGAUAUGAUUCAAUUUGGACAUAGCACAAGGGAGUACGUGUUGAUGUUAUCA